AUGAAAGUGUUCAUUAUUUUGGGAAUUUCAGCAGCUAUAGCCUUCACGUCUGUUUUUUUUUCUUUCCUUCAGAUGGGCAAAGAUAGCCUGUUUGAAACUGAAGAUAACUGCAUAACUCAGGCUAUCGAGAAUGGCUCUAUUCUGGUCGAUUAUGCUACACAAUAUACACUAAAAAGAACUAUCCAAGAAAGGGGAGUAACAGCUCCUAUCUUGCUACUGGCUUUCACAAAAUCUCCUGAACAAGAGAGUCGAGAUAUUUCCCUAGCAGCUGAACGAAUGGAAAUGUCAAUUCAAGUGAUGAAGCAAAAUGUUUGCCAGAAGAACAAACAUUUGUUGCAUCCAACUGAUCUUUUAUCAGCUGAUCUGCUCACUAGGAUUGCUAAUAUUUCUGGAUGUCUGCCUUAUAUGUUGCCACCAAAAUGUCCAAACAAUUGCUUAGCUAAUAAAUAUCGACUCAUCACUGGUGCCUGCAAUAACAGGGAACAUCCUAGAUGGGGAGCAUCCAACACAGCACUGGCUAGGUGGCUUCCUCCAGCCUAUGAAGAUGGACUCAGCCAACCUCGAGGAUGGGAUCCUAGCAUCCGAUACAAUGGAGUCCAGCUACCCUUGGUUCGUGAAGUAACAAGAAAAAUUAUCCAUGCAUCUAAUGAGGCUGUUACUGAAGACAAUUUGUAUUCUGAUAUUAUUAUGGUAUGGGGACAGUACAUAGACCAUGACAUUGCAUUCACACCCCAGAGCACAAGUAGAACCACCUUCCUAAAUGGAUUGGAGUGCCAUAUGACAUGUGAAAAACAAAAUCCGUGUUUUCCAAUAGAGGUGACUACCAAUGAUAGCCUAACUGUGGAGAUGGAUUGCUUGCCCUUCUACCGUUCAUCUCCUGCAUGUGGCACUGGUGAUCACAGUAUUCUCUUCAAAAAUCUGUCAGUGCUGACUCCAAGACAACAAAUCAAUGCCUUAACUUCCUUCCUUGAUGCUUCUACUGUCUAUGGCAGUACUUCUGCUACUGAAAAUAAACUGAGGAAUUUAACAAGCAAAGAAGGCCUUCUUAAAGUAAAUGUGAAAUAUUAUGAUAAUCAUCGGGAAUACCUGCCUUUUACAGACCAGAUCCCAUCGCCUUGUGCACAAGAUUUGAAUGAGAAUGAAGAUGAGAGGAUUGAAUGCUUUAUGGCUGGGGACAGCCGAUCCAGCGAGGUCACAUCUCUGGCAGCUAUGCACACACUGUGGCUGAGAGAGCAUAACCGCCUGGCCAGAGCCCUCAAAAACAUCAACCACCACUGGAGUGCUGAGACAGUCUACCAAGAAGCACGAAAAAUUGUUGGAGCUCUGCAUCAGAUUAUUACUUUAAGAGAUUACAUUCCCAAAAUCAUUGGUCAAGAUGCUUUUAAUCUGUAUAUUGGCCUCUACAAAGGUUAUGAUCCCACAAUAAAUCCAACAGUUUCUAAUGUAUUUUCAACAGCUGCUUUUCGUUUUGGUCAUGCAACAAUCCAGCCAAUAGUAAAGAGAUUGAAUGCACAGUAUUUAAAUGAUCCAGAACUCCCUGAUCUCCAUUUGCAUGAAGUUUUCUUUAGUCCUUGGAGGCUCAUUAAAGGAGGAGGCUUGGAUCCUUUAUUGAGGGGUCUUCUAGCGCAUUCAGCAAAACUGCUGGUGCAAGAUCAACUGCUGAAUGAGGAGUUAACAGAAAAACUUUUUGUGUUGUCCAACAAUGGUUCGCUUGAUUUAUCAUCAUUAAAUUUACAGCGUGGUCGUGAUCAUGGACUCCCAGGUUAUAAUGACUGGCGAGAAUUCUGUGAUUUGCCAAAACUGGAAACUCAGAGUGACCUGAAUUCUGUAAUAACCAAUCCAAACAUCACUGAAAAAAUUAUGGAAUUGUACCAUAAUCCUAGCAAUAUUGAUGUUUGGCUUGGUGGUCUGGUAGAAGACUUUCUACCAGGUGCUAGAACCGGUCCUCUAUUUGCAUGUUUAAUUGGAAAGCAAAUGAAAGCACUAAGAAAUGGUGACAGAUUUUGGUGGGAAAAUGGUGAUGUUUUCACAGAAGUUCAAAAGCGUGAACUCAGGAAGCACUCUUUGUCCCGUGUGAUUUGUGACAAUACCGGAAUUUCUGAAGUGCCAGUAGAUGCCUUUCAGCUUGGAAGGUUUCCACAGGAUUUUAAGCAUUGUGACAAUAUACCUGGGAUGAAUUUAGAAGCUUGGCGAGAAUUAUAUCAGGAAGUGGGCCAAAGAGUGCCGAAGUGGGCCAAAGUGGGCUUAAUGGUCCAAAGUGGACCAAAGUGGGCCAAGGUGAGCCAAAGUGGGCCAAAUGGGCCAAAGUGGGCCAAAGUGGGCCGAAUGGGCCAAAUUGGGCCAAAGUGUGCCAAACUGCACCAAAGCGGGCCGAAGUCGGCUGAAUUGAGCCAAACUGAGCAUAAUAGGCCGAAGUGGGCCGAAGUGGGCCAAAGUGAGCCAAAAAUGCGCUGA